ACUUUCGUCUGUUUCUUUAGGAUGAGGGUGUUACUUUUGGUUCCAUGGCUGAUCGGCCCAGCUCUGGCCUUGAAUCCCAACCUUCCAACCCAGGAGUUCUCCCUGAAAAUGCCUUUCUCGAAGCCGGUACUCCCUGAGACAUACUUAUGCUCCCCUAUGAAGCUGGAUUCCACCCAGACCAAUUAUAUCGUGGGAUUCCGUCCCGAUGCUUGGGAAAAAACUGCCCAUCAUAUUCUGAUCUACGGAUGCAAAUCUCCCGCUCUACAAGAGCCCAUCUACAAUUGUGGCGGCAUGACGGCCCACACUCCCGGGUACAAAUCGUCCUUUCAUCCUUGUGGCGAGGGCAACGAGAUCGUCUAUGCUUGGGCCAAAAAUGCACCCGAGCUCAACCUGCCCGAAGGGGUGGGCUUCAGAGUUGGCAAGGGCUCGAAGAUCCAUUGGUUAGUGCUCCAAGUGCACUACGCCUCCGUCGAUUACAUCCCACCCGAAGGCGAUGUUAGUGGGGUCUAUUUACGUUACACGAAUGUGGAACAACCCAAAAACGCCGGUGUCUUUUACUUGGGUACCAACGGGCGUUUGCCAGCCAAGACCACCACCUUCAUGGACUCGGCUUGCGCUUUGUACGAGAACAAAGUUAUCCACCCUUUUGCUUUCCGCGUCCACACCCAUGGUUUGGGACGAGUGGUGUCUGGUUGGAAGGUGGUGGGGAAAAAUCAAUGGACCUUAUUGGGCAAGGAGGAUCCGCAACUCCCCCAGAUGUUCUAUCCCGUCAGUAAUAAUUCUACCUUGAUCACCAAGGGCGACACCAUAGCUGCUCGGUGCACCAUGGUCAACUAUAGGGAUGAGGCUGUUUGGGUGGGCUCGACUAAACUGAACGAGAUGUGUAACUUUUAUUUGAUGUAUUGGGUUGAUGGCAAGGACAUUCUGGAGGGCAAUAGCUGUACCUCAGUCGGACCGCCCAUUUAUUCCUGGGAUGGGUGGUUAUUAGGAGGCGGUUUGAGUAACGUUCCCAAAGAGGCCUCAUCUCUGCCUUAAACACGAGUACGUCUGCUGAUUCUGCAAUUACUCUCAAUGAGAGUAAAAAAUAUCAAAAAUAUCAAUGACGUUUACGAGAAGCGCUAUCUUUAGUUUCUACAUGUCCAUUGACUGAUAAGCAUGAGGUUGAAACAUUUCACGUGUACGUGCAAUUAAAUAAACUUUAUCUACCA